AUGAUCGCUCCGGGUUUUGUUUAUCUUUGGGAUUCUUCUCGAUUCAAAGUGUUUCAAAAGAUUUUAUUAAAAAAGAAUGUUCUGCAUAUCAUACGACAUCAUCACUUGAAACAACGUUCUAGCUUCUCUCAAGAGGUCGUUGAAUUUUUCAUUGAUUUGUAUCAACGGCAUGGCAUUGCUCUUAGCAACAUGACAAUUUUUUCUGAUGUCAUUGAAAAGUUUUGCUACUUUCAUAAGGGGAUUAUUCAGCAAUGCUGUUGUGAUGUUUGCUCUUCAUCUGCAAAUACUGAAAUGUGA